AUGUCUCCUUCUGUAAAGAACCAGGCUUCCAUCGUCGCUGGGCGACGACAAGAAGAACACCCCAAGCCAACAACACCCUACCCUGACCCAAGAGGGGCAAUGGAAACACCACUCAAUACGCCUGGUGGUAGCGGUAGUCUCGCGCCACAGACUCGAGAAAAUGCUCAGGAUGAGAUCGACAAAUCCCGUCCACACCGAGUAUCAGCCUUGAAGCAGGCCUGGCGAUUCUUCUCUGGUAGGUACAGAGCACUGCAACCAUCGCCCUAUCCUGAAGACCGACGUGGAAAGGCUACCCGGCUCGACGAGUCUCAAAUUCAGUCUUACUGGAACACCCCCUUUCAACCCGAACGCCAAGCGCCCCCCGCCUCGCACUCAACUAGGCAGUCUUUUGCUAAUGAUCAUGAGCCUGAGGACAUAGAGAUAGUGGCCUGGAAUCCUGGGCCACGCCGGUCCGUUCACAUUGUCCACGAUGACCCACGUCAAGCUGUUCGAUCCCAAGUUGCGCUUGUUGUCGAUCCUUCAACGGAAGAUUUCUCAUCGGGCUCAGACUCCGAGAGUUCUGUUACUUCUGCUUGUGACUCUUGCUCGGUUCCCACAACUCACUCGCAAGAUGAGACCUAUGGAGAAGAUGAGGAGGAGGAUAUCGUCAUGCAAGCAAGACGAGCGACCAGAGUAGGAAGAGCCACUCUGGUCACAUUUCCUGAACUCAACCGAAACCAGAACGAAGACGUGCAAGAGAGACGCCCACCCUCCGUCGACCUGGCUGACUGUUCAGUUAAAUGGGAUGAUGCACAAAGACUUGCUUAG